UAACAGUCUCCGGCGACCCAAAGUGUUUAGGCCUAAUCAAUCCCCGUGCAACGGGUCCAAAGCCCCCGCGGCGGAGCGCCUCUACACCCGGCUUGUCGCCACUGGUCACUUAUAUAAAAGUCCAGAACAUACGAGGCGGCAUCUUCCGCCUCGUCAGGCGACCUCACCCGCCCCUCCAUAUACAGCGCCAAGGCCCGACUCUGCGGGCUCGGCUCAGACUCCUACGUGGCAAGCGCAUCCGCCAGCAGGGCGGUACGGCACAGGAAGGGGCCCCACCAACCGCCCACUACUACCAAACCGACCUCAACGUCCUGAGGGGUGACCACGGCCUACAAGCUAAAGCAGUUCAGCCCGACCGCCAGCUAAAAAAGCACGCCAAGCGACUCGCCAGGAAGCCAGCGAAACGAUCAACAAUGAAGUCGGCCAACCUGCCGUCCAGCACGCCAGCGGCCGGGACCCGGGCACAGGCGAAGGCUCAAGUCAUCGCAGAGGAAGCACAAGGAGACACGGAUUGCAACCCUUCCGGACCAGCACAUGGCAACAACACGUUUGGUCCAACAGGCAGGCCCCAGGUGCGGGAAGGCCCCCACAUCUCAGAACGCAAACCUAUCGUUGCGUUUGCGGACUUGGCACACCGGGCCACUCUCGCAGCCACUCCCACCCGCCUUACCUAUUGGCCGCCAAUCCUUCUCACCCGACCUCCGGACACCUCUCUCGCUUUCUCUCUUUGCGAGACCCUCUGA